AUGGACAGUGCCAGAGGAGAGCAGCAAAAGGACUAUAGAUUUUUAUCAGAGAUUGUAGCCAAUGAAAAGGAACUAGACAUCAGAGCUUAUACUCUGAAGAUCAAAGAAGAGCUCAACAGACUUGAAGAGGAAUGCAUUACAGAUUUCUUGACUAUUAACAAAGAUGUGGGCACUCUUUAUCAUGAGCUAAAUAAGUCCACAAGUAUUCUCAAUAAGAUUGAGAAGGUGGUGGACUCUUUCCAGCAUGAACUGGGUGACAUUUCAAACCAAGUAUCUAUUCUUUAGGAGAAGUCUCAAAGUUAUAAUGUUUCACUUAAGAAUAGGAAGUAAUUGGAGAAGACUAUACAUUCAUAUCUGUCCAGUUUUCUUGUGCCUUAGGAUUUAAUAGAAACUCUAUGCAAUGCAGAAAUCGAUCAUUAGGACUAUCUAGAGAAGGUAGGCCACCUUAAUUCAAUACUUAUGCAUUCAAGGAAAGCAGAUAUCACUGACAGUAAAGCACUGUAGUAAAUAAGACCGGAACUUGACAAGCUGAGACUAAAGGUGUGCUCUCGAGCUAGAAGUUUCCUAAUGGUGAAAAUGAACAAUCUAAAGAAGCCAAAAACCAAUUUCUAGAUUCUACAGGAAAGCGUAUUGUUGAAGUUCAAACCUCUCUUGGUCUUUUUGAAAGAGAAUUCUUAGGAGACUUACGUUGAGUUGACCAAUUACUAUGCAGAGAUCAUGGAUAAAGUGUAUUAUUAACUGCUCAAGACCUAUAUGAAGGAGACACAAAAGUUAGUUGAGGAAAGAGUAUCCAAGCAUGACUUGAUAGUUAUUGACGAGUCACUAAAGCAUAAAACUAAUACCAACUAGAGUUUGAAUUCAACUCUAGAUAUGGGAACUAUGGGUAGAUACAAUAAUACAGAAGGUACUGGCUAAAUGAAUAUGAACAACAGCAUUCUUAGCAGCAGAUCGUAGUAAGUGCCGCAAUACAUUCCGACAUCUGUCUUUGAUAUUGAGGAUAGAUUGUAAAUUCUAGACAGAAUAGACUCAAGCCCCUUGGUAACUCACAUGUCGCAGCAAAAACAACGAAAGUAUGCUGUUGAGGAAAUAUUUAGAUCCCAGAAUCGUAUCUUAAUCGAAGCUAUAAGCAAGGAAUUCGUCUUUAUUCUUGAAUUCUUUGACUUGAAGAUUGGCCAGUGCUCUUACAUCUUUAAUCAGAUUUUCUCUAAGACAGUCAAUUACUAUCUAGAUUGGAUCAAGAACUACAGUCAGAAUAAUUUGCACGAUCUCUACGCAUCUCUGCUGAUUAUACUAAUCAACGAGGAGAAUAAAAAGAUCAUGUUGAGGAACAAGAUCCCAGUCCUUGACUACUACUUUGACAAGGUGAAUCAGCUGGUAUGGCCUAGGUUCACAUAGAUAUUUGAGAAUUACAACGAAAACCUGAAAAAGGUCAAUGUGAAGUAGUUCAAGCUAUAUGGGUAGGCUAAUGUUCAUCAAUCAACAAUUAGAUACAUUGAUUUCGUGUCAGGGCUCUACAGGAUAGCAAACGUAGCUUCUCAGGAUAUGCUUAUCUUGAGGCUCAGUUAAAUUAAAAGUCGAUAAGGAGAUUUGUGCUUGAAAAUGGCUAGGGAGCACUUCGAAGGGGAAAAGGAGUAGAUUGUGUAUCUGAUCAACAACUAUGACUAUAUGUAUCAGCAUCUUAAGAAUCUAAACCUCGAGAAGGGCAUAUAAGAUGUAAUUGCUAUAGAGAAGGAGUUGAACUAGUUCAUGGAGAAGUUGAUAAAGAUAAUCUUAAAGGAGAACUAUCCAGGUUUAGAGGAUAUUGUGAGUCAGUACUGCCUAUCCGGAGAUACCUCCUCUGAUGGGUCUGAGGAUGAGUCUUAGCAUCAUUAAAUGCCAAAGACGAUCAAAAAGAUAGACUUCUCAACUCUGAAUCUUAAGUUAAUUGAGAAUGUUGCUCAAGACUUCGCAUAGAAUUACAGAGCAAAGACUGAUCUGAUAGCUAAGGAAAUCAAAUAAAGUAUUUAGAUACAGUAGUCGAUGCAAUAGCUAUUCCAGAGAUUUAUGAGAGUUCUCAUGCUCAGGUAUUCUUCCUUUGUGGAACUAGUAAAAACUGCUCACCCUUCUUACUACAAGGAAAUGCCAAGUGCGCACUUAGUUUUGCUAGAUCUUAAGAACUCAGCUGCUAAUAUGGAUCUGUGA